AUGUCAUCGUGUAGUUUGGAAACGUCCAGACCAGUCCAUGGUCUUGAAAAUAAAACUAUGGUUGAAUGGUUGAAUGCUGUAAAACAAGAAGCGGAGAAAACAAAUAAUUUAUUACUGAAAGAAUUUUGUCAACAAUUAUUAGAUUAUUUAGUACAAGGAAAAAACAGUAUACAUUUUGGACGAGAAAAAUGUAUGGAAUUUGUCCGUUGUUGCUUGGAGACAGAAACACCACAAAUCUGUUUACUCAUUGUUCGCGGCUUUGAGACCAUUUUACAAUGUAUUCGAUCGUACGAUGGUGUUUUAUCAGUUCAGAUACUCUGUAAACUAAUUCAAUUCACUCUUGGUACGUUAAGGACAACUAAUAUUGAUCUAAGACGUGAGACUUGUCAGUUAUGUGCAUUGAAGUUAGAAAAUUUUUAUAAUUACUAUCAAAAAGUAGUGAAAAAAACUGAUAACUAUAACUUAUUUGACGAUGAUAUAUCGCUUAAUCCAAAUGAGAUUGAAUAUUUUUCAUCAUUGCUAAUUCUUAUGGAAUUUCAUACAACAUUAAUCGAUGAAUUAUCAAGAAAGCCCGAUCAAACGCUACAAAGAAUAUUUGUUUUGGAAUUGCAUGAUUUAAUGAUCGGUUCAUUACCAAGAAAUAUUCAUUGUUAUAAACCCUUUAUCGAAUUUGUAUGGAAGAAAUACUCACCCGGUGUACUGUCAUUUCUUGGAUCUCCGAUUAUUGACGCACGCUGCAUUAUGUAUGUUAGAAAUACAUCUGACCCUCACAUUCGUCGAACUGUCUUUCGGUAUCUUUUAAAUACAUCGACAUUGAUUUCUUUAAUUUCUCCAUCAUGGAUGAACAAUCAACAGAUGACAACCAAAGAUCAGACAAUAACUGAUUCUGAUUUAAGUCUGUUUCGAAAAAUAUUAUCAGUAAUAAUGGAAUGUACAUCAUCUGACGAUCGUUUACUUGUCAACAAAGCAUAUCAAUGUCUCAAUCAUUGUCUUGAACAAAUACUUAAUUUUACUGAGAAUCCAAAAUUUCAACCAGAUGAACAACAAUAUAUUUAUAAAGCAUACUUGAAAUACGGUUAUUACAUAGUAGCUCCAACGGUCAACACCGUUGACUUUGUUCCACUUUUAAUAAAUGAACAAGAAGAUGAUAUUAUAAACAAUGAUGAUGGAAAAGAAUUGAGUUUGUCUAGUGAUAGUGCAUCAAUGGAAAGAGUAACGUUUUAUUUAUACCAUUUAAAAUUGUUUCUAAAAACAAUUAAAGUAACUAAUGUGACUGAUUUGGACGAUGCAUUGUUACAAUUUUCAUCAUUUAUCAGCUCUGGUAAAGAUAUAUUUUAUACAAAUUUUUGUUUUUUAUUACUCGUUUCUUUUUCCAUUGAAGAAUAUACCUCAAAAAUGUCAAAUUCAUCUGUAUCGGAUAUAAUUGUAACAAAUGCUGAUGGUAUUUAUGCAGCAACAAUCUGGUUACUCUGGUAUAGUUUACGUCAACGAACACAACAAUUGUUUGAACGAAUUGAUGAUAUUAACGGCACAUAUUCAAAAACUUCAUUCAUAUCAGAUAUAAUGAAUAGUGGAAUGAUGAUAUAUAUUGAUCCAGAAUGGAUGAACAUACUGUAUGAAGAGUGUCAUAAUUUUGAUUUUAUACAGUAUGUGCCCAAACAAUCAAAAGUUAUUUUACAUCAAAUGCUCUCUGCUUUAUCAGUAGGCUAUCGUUUAUUGCAAAUAUGCUGGAGUUCUUUGUUUGGUGUCUACACGGUCAUGUUAAACACAAAUCAUUCAUUAGAUUAUUUUCCAAGUGAAUUUCAAUCAUCCAUAAUAAAUAGCAACACAAUCAAUGAGAGACUAAUCGAAACACAUCAGCUGGUAUUUACUGGUUUAAAAACUUUAUUCAAACUUGCUGUUAGUACCGUCGAACAUAAUUUUGAUAUUAAAAUUAAUUAUACAAAUGAUUUAUUAAUUUUAAAACGACCACUUCAACAUCAUCUUAUUAAAAAUAUUAACAAACAUAAACAAUACCGUUUACAUUAUGUUGAUGUAAUGACAAUUAGUUUUAUUCUAGACUUGAUCAUGAGUGAUAUAAAAGUAUAUCCAAGUGUUACGUAUAAAUACACGCUAAGAUGUUGUGUUUAUUUAUUAAUUUUGGAACAACUAUGCUGUUGUUCUAUCAUAAGAGAUAAAAUUGAUUUAACAAAUCAUGAGACACUUGAAACUAACGAAAAACUCUACGAAAUGGCUGUUCAAUCACUUGAUCUUGAUUCAUUAUUAGAAUUUUUGGAACAAUUACGUGUUUUAAGUAUUACACAAUUACCGAAAGAAGAUGGUUGUUCUCCAUCAGAUUUAUUUCCUACAAAUAUCAUCAUUGAUAAACUUGGAGAAAUGACAAUAGGUACGAUUGUUGCCACACAUAAAGAUAUUGGCAUUGCUAAACGUGCUAUCAGUCAUAUGCAUACACAGUUACGUUCAUAUUUAAGCGUGAGACCAGAAUAUCAAAAUUUUCAUAUGAAUGAAGAAUUCUUUAAGCCAUUUGAACAUCUUAUUUGUACUGAACAGUGUGAUAGUGUAGUAGAAAAUCAGAUUGUCAACUCAAUAUGUGAAUUAGUUGAAUUAAACACAAAUAAUAUUAAAUCUGGAUGGCGUUCAGUAUUUGCUUGUUUAAAAACGGUUAAAAUUGAACAAAAACGACGAAAUAUUUAUGCAGAUGAUGGUGGAAAAGAGAAUAAAGAAGCGGAUGGUAUUGAAUUACAUCGCAUAAAUGCAUUGCUGGAAGUAUUAGAAGCAUUUUUCAACUGUGACAAUUUAAAUGUGAUAGCAUCAGCGGCAAUCGAUUGUUUGUUAUGUCUGUUCCGUUAUUUAAGAGAGCCCGAUCCGUGGACACCAAUGCAAAACAGUCCAUUUGAUGAAUCGGAUGAAGAAGAUAGUCAUGAUACUGAUAUGCCAAAUCAAAUUGAGAUGGUUAUGCCGGCAUUAAACAUGAUGAACAAAUUUAUGACCAUUUUCAUACAUUGUUAUGCGUCACCAUCAUCACCAUCACGUCACUUUGAAUCCACAUCAUUCACAUACUGUACAUUUAUAAAUUAUUCAACUGAUUUUUUUACGCAUAUAUCGUCGUUGAACAAAGGUUACUUUACAGACGAAUUUAAGAAAACUAAUCAACAAGAGCAAAUAAUGGAUUUUUUACAAAUGUUUGAGAGAAAUUUACAAAAAGAUGUAAAAUACUUAUCACUAAAUUUAGAUUCAAUUGAUAAAAAUCAUUUAUUAAGUGUUUGGUCCUAUAUGAUUGAAGGUUUAACGGAUACUAUAUUUUCUUGUUCAAAUCGUUAUAUAAUUAAAAUAAUUGAUCAUUAUUUUGAAAUACUUAAAGUAACAUUGGAAAAUGUUAAUUAUCAAUUUUCUAUUUAUUUAAUUGUUUGUGUUAUUAUUCCAUGGUUACAAUCAUUUGUUUGUUCAAAUUUUUUAAAAAAAACAUCAUUACGAAAAAUGUCAAUAUUUCGUUGUUCAUUAACUGGUCAACAACCGCCACGUUUAAGUUUAACAGCAUGGCGUCUAUUCAUGGGUAAUCUAUUAGAACAUGUUAUACAAAUAUUUGACAAAUCAUCUACUGUUGAUGAAUAUCAUCAUAUUUUAUUUGAUACAUUUCUAUCAAUGUUAAAUGAUUGGCUUGUCGUACCAAAUGAAUAUGUGGGACGUUUAGGUAUAUCAUGUAUAAAACAUUUAUUGACUAAUUUGACAGCAAAAUUUGAUUCAAAGUUGUCAUUAAUCUGUUGUAAAAAUAUCCGUCAUGCAUUAUUAUUGACCUCGUUACCUAUCGAAUAUAUUAUACAUGAAUUUAAUGUAUCAUCUGCCGAUGAUUUAUUAUUGAAUGUUCGAUUAUAUACAAAAGAUGCUUCAUUAUCAACACCACACGAUAAUGAUAAUAUGAUUUUUUUACUUUGUAAACAAUUAUUUAAUGAACAAUCAACAUCACAAUCAGUUAAUAAUGAUAAUGAUAGAAAAUUAUUUCGUUUUACAUUUCGAUCAUCUGAUAAUAAAGCAAAUAUGAAUGAAAUUGAUAUGCAAACAUUCGUAUUUUCAAAUUAUUUUCAUAUACAAUUAAUUCAUAUUAUUGGUGAAAUAUUAUUAAAUAACAAUAAUACUAAUUUUACAGAGAAUUCUGUUUUAUAUUAUUUUCUAUCUUGUUUAGCUUAUACAAUUGAUCUAUGUGAACGAUAUGAAACAAACAAUAUCGGCUUAAAAUGUCUAUUACAACAACUAUUUUCAUACGAAAUACCCGUUACAUUUUAUCAUUUAAAACGUAUUGCAUUCCAAUAUUUAAUUGAUCUACUAUUGAAAAACAUUGAAAUUGAAUCAGUUGAACUAUGGAAACAAGACUCACUCAAACCAAAUGAGAUGAAUCAUCAUCAUAUGGACAAAACAAUUACUCUGCAUAAUGAAGAUUCUGCAUCUCUUGUUUAUUAUACAUCGUUUCCUCAAUCGGGCACACCAACAGAUUCGCCUAAAAAGACACAUGAUCUAACAAUCAAUAAAGGAUUUUUCUCCAAUUUUUCAUCUUACUUAUACAAGUGUUCAUUAAAUAAUUCAGCUAAUCAGUUAGUAAUUCUCAAGAUGUUGAGUGAUGGUAUAGCCGAUACAAUUUACAAGUAUUCAAAUGAGUAUGAAACAAGAAUGAAUACACAAAAUGAAGAUGUUCAGUCGCCAUUUUACACAGUGACUGCAAAAAUUACAUAUCCAGGUGACAAUGGUCUCUACUUACUACGAGCUGAUCAGGAUUUGAUUGAUAAAUUUAUUCCUGAUCAUCAUCAUCAACAGCAACAACAACAGCAACAGUCAAAUAGUAAACAACAAAAUAGUUUGAAUAAUUUGUCAGUUAACAGAAAUACAAAUAUAUCAAAAGCCAUGUCCCCAUUAGAGAAUGAAACACAAUAUUUUAUUGUUACUGAAGAUAUGAUAAAUCAAGCAUUAAACGAAUACAAACAACGAAAAUCAGAACCAUCGGUAUCCCCGCUCAGAAAAAUUUCAUCAUCAUCAACAUCAAUACAACGAGAAAGACAAAUGUCAUCACCCUCAUCUGCUAUACCUCGCUCAUUUUCAGCAGCUCUAAUGUCAUCAUCAUCAGAUGAAUCUAAAAUCAAUCAACAGCAAAUCCAUGAUCGACACAACUCAUCGGAUCUCGGUCAAACAUUACACAUUCAUCAUACAACAUAUAAAACAUUGAUGAGCAGUAUGAAAUUAUACAUUGACGGAUGGAAUAGUUUGUGUUUGUACUUGGCAAAAUAUUUGCACAGUAGUAAUGAGCAACGAGUUCUUUUACCUGUAUUUGAACGUUGGCUAUUUAUAUUAGCUACAAAUGCAUCCAAUAGAGAAUUAAAAAAUAUUUUAUUAGAUAUGUUAGUCAAUCAUGGUAAAGAAAAACAGAUAAAUAUGAAUGUUUAA